GGAGCAUGAUUCAGCACUGUCCGGGAAAGACAACCUUGGUGGCUUGUGAUUCCUUUCACAAAUCCACUUCUCUAAACGUGAAACCAAAACUCAGAAUGUUACAUGCUGAGAACGAACAACAACUGGCACCGAAAAGAAGCCACCUUGGCAAUUCAAUUGUUGAAUUGGCCAAACCUAGUUCUUGCCCAUCUUCAAUUUCCGCAUGAGGAUCUCUGUUUUGGAGCAAAGGCUUCAGAUCCGAGAAAGGUUAUGAUGUCAGAAGAGUCUGGGAAUCAGAAGAGUUUGUUUUGUGGUGUUGCGUUGCGAUUUAGAAUGGCAAGAGACUUGUUAUUAGAUUUGUUCUCAAGGAACAAAUGGAGGUGCUCUUGGUCUCUUGCAGCAUCAAUUGCUUCUGUUGUGGCGUUGGUUUCUGUAGUGCAUCUGUUCUUGUUCCCUUUGACACCAACUUUCAGUUAUUUCAAGAUAGCUCAGGACUCAUGCAUCCCAACAAAUGCAUCAGCAGAAUUGCCAAGCAACCUCGACAAGGAAGGACCUGUGAUUGAUUUUAAGCGUCAGUUUCCGGCUGAUUUGCAUGGUGCAUUUGUUUAUGAGGGUGCACCGUGGAAGGCUGAGAUUGGCCAGUGGCUUGCAGGUUGUGAUUCUGUUAUUAAGGAAGUCAACAUUACUGAGAUAAUAGGUGGCAAUGACUGCAAAAAUGACUGCAGUGGCCUAGGGGUUUGCAAUCGAGAAUUGGGACAAUGCAGAUGUUUUCAUGGGUAUUCUGGGCAUGGAUGCACUGACAAAUUGCAGUUGGAAUGCAACUACAAAGGAUCACCAGAUCAGCCAUUUGGGCGAUGGGUUGUCUCAAUUUGCCCAUCCAACUGUGACAAGACGAGAGCUAUGUGCUUCUGUGGAGAAGGCACAAAAUAUCCUAAUCGACCUCUGGCAGAGACAUGUGGGUUUCAAUUUAAUCCACCUUCUGAACCUGGUGGUCCCAAAUUAGUGAAUUGGACAAAAGUUGACCAAGAUGUGUUCACAAGUAAUGGUAGCAUACCAGGAUGGUGUAAUGUGGACCCAGCUGAAGCAUAUGCUGGCAAGGCAAAAAUCAAAGAGGAAUGUGACUGCAAAUAUGAUGGUCUUUGGGGCAAACUUUGUGAAGUACCAGUUGAAUCUGUUUGCAUUAAUCAAUGCUCAGGACAUGGCCAUUGUCGUGGUGGAUUUUGUCAGUGUGACAAUGGCUGGUAUGGAGUAGAUUGCAGCACUCCAUCAGUGAUUUCUUCUAUAAGAGAGUGGCCUAGUUGGCUGCGUCCUGCUCUAGUUGAUGUUCCAAACGAUGCUCAAGCCAAUGGAAAAAUGAUCAAUCUUAAUGCUGUGGUAGCAAAGAAAAGGCCUCUUAUAUAUGUUUAUGAUUUGCCCCCAGAGUUUAACAGCUUGCUACUUGAGGGACGCCAUUUUAAGUUAGAGUGUGUAAACAGAAUUUAUGAUGGCAAUAAUGUGACAUUAUGGACAGAUCAAUUGUACGGUGCCCAGAUAGCAAUUUUUGAGAGUUUGUUAGCUAGUCCUCAUCGAACUCUAAAUGGUGAAGAGGCAGAUUUUUUCUUUGUUCCUGUUCUUGAUUCAUGUAUCAUAACUCGUGCUGAUGAUGCUCCUCACUUGAGCAUGCGGGAGCAUAUGGGAUUGAGGAGCGCUCUCACUUUGGAAUAUUAUAAGAAUGCUUAUAAUCAUAUUGUUGAACAAUAUCCUUAUUGGAAUCGCUCCUCAGGAAGGGAUCACAUCUGGUUUUUUUCAUGGGAUGAAGGUGCUUGCUAUGCCCCAAAGGAGAUAUGGAACAGCAUGAUGUUAGUUCACUGGGGAAACACAAAUUCAAAGCAUAACCAUUCAACUACAGCCUAUUGGCCUGACAACUGGGAUAAAAUCUCUUCUGAUAGCAGAGGCAUUCAUCCAUGUUUUGACCCUGACAAAGAUCUUGUGCUUCCUGCUUGGAAAGUUCCUGAUGCUACUGUGCUGACUUCAAAACUUUGGGCUUGGCCCCAUGAGAAGCGGAAGACACUGUUCUACUUCAAUGGGAAUUUAGGGCCAUCUUACCCUCAUGGAAGACCAGAAGAUUCGUAUAGCAUGGGUAUCAGGCAGAAGCUGGCAGAAGAGUUUGGGUCAAGCCCUAACAAGGAUGGAAAACUUGGGAAACACCAUGCCAAAGAUGUCAUUGUGACCCCAGUGCGUUCUGAUAACUAUCAUGUGGAUCUGGCAAGCUCUGUUUUUUGUGGAGUAUUUCCGGGAGAUGGUUGGAGUGGUCGCAUGGAAGACAGUAUUUUGCAAGGAUGCAUUCCUGUGGUCAUUCAGGAUGGGAUUUUCCUACCAUAUGAGAAUGUGCUCAACUAUGACAGCUUUGCUGUUCGAAUAUCCGAAGAGGAAAUUCCAAACUUGAUAAAGAUUCUUCGGGGAUUCAACGAUACAGAAAUCAAAUUCAGGCUGGCAAAUGUUCAGAAAAUAUGGCAAAGAUUCUUGUAUCGUGAUUCUGUUUUGCUUGAAGCUGAAAGGCAAAGAAAUGCUUUUGGACAUGUUGAGGAUUGGGCAGUUGAGUUCUUAAAAUUGACAGAGGAUGAUGUUUUUGCUACUUUAAUACAGGUUUUGCAUUACAAGUUACAUAAUGAUCCUUGGAGGAAAGAAGUUCGCUAUAACAAGAAGUUUGGAUUACCUCACCAGUGUCUAGUAAGCACCAACUGAGGGACUUGAUUGAUGUGAAGGUUAAUUUGAAGACUACAAGAUCUAGAUAUUUCCAGAGGAGUUGGGGAAAGGAUAACCUUUCUACUAAAUUUCAGGAGUCAAUCUAAAAAAUAUUUGCAUCCUUUGUUGUAGAACAAGGUGAAGGUCAAGUUCCUAACAGAUAUUACAAUCUCCAGUACAGUAAAUCAUUCUACCAGGGUGGACAUACAUGAUUCUUUUUCCCUUCUCGCAUAAAUAUGUGCAUGUCAAGUGCAUUUACAUUUCUUUUUUUAGGGCUUUUUCUCCCGGGCUGCCACAAUGUGGAAUUGUAAAAUCAUGUCAUUCACGAGAGGAUUUUUUGGUGAAAAAAUGAAAAAGAAAAAAUUGAUUACAUAUUUAUUUUACUUGAUCCUUUUUUGUUCUCUAUAAAACAUACCAUGCGGAUCUUUGAUUAGG